UACUUACAGCGGCAAGGUGUUCCGUGUUACCUUCUUGACUUUGGCUGCCUCUCUAACUGUGCCCCUGCUUGGAGUAACUGUUCUGCUGGACUGUCCUAUAGACCCUCAGCCUAUAAGUCUGAAGGAACCUCCCCUCCUGACGGGAUCGCUAGAGCCCAAUACCAAGUUACGACAGGCUGAGCGGUUGUGGGAAAAUCAGCUGGUCGGACCAGAGUCCAUCGUCAAUAUUGGGGAUGUGCUCUUUACUGGGACAGCGGAUGGGAAGAUUAUCAAAAUUGAAGAUGGGGAAAUACAAACAAUAGCAAGAAUUGGCCAUGGUCCUUGUGGAACCCGAGAAGAUGAACCAACAUGUGGAAGACCACUUGGCAUCAGAGUGGGGCCAAAUAACACCCUUUUUGUGGCGGAUGCUUAUUAUGGACUCUAUGAAGUUAAUCCUGGAACAGGUGAAACCAAAAUGCUGGUGUCAACCAAAACACUCAUUGAAGGUCAGAAGUUGUCAUUUGUGAAUGAUCUUACAGUGACCCAGGAUGGGAGGAAAAUCUACUUCACUGACUCUAGUAGUCGAUGGCAAAGACGAGACUACUUGUACUUGAUCAUGGAAGGCACAGAUGAUGGGCGCCUACUUGAAUAUGAUACAGUAACAAAAGAGGUGAAAGUCUUAAUGGUGGGGCUGAGGUUUCCCAAUGGUGUCCAGCUCUCUCCUGCAGAAGAUUUUGUCCUGGUGCAGGAGACAACCAUGGCUAGAAUCAGGAGGUAUUAUGUGUCUGGGCUGAUGAAAGGUGGAGCAGAUAUGUUUGUUGAGAAUAUGCCUGGUCUUCCAGAUAAUAUCAGGUUAAGCAGCUCUGGAGGAUAUUGGGUAGCAAUGUCAGCUGUCCGACCCAAUCCUGGAUUUUCUUUGUUGGAUUUCUUGUCUGAAAAACCAUGGAUUAAAAGGAUGAUAUUUAAGUUGCUGAGUCAGGAAACUGUGACAAAGUUUGUGCCCAAAUACAGCCUUGUUGUCGAACUUAGUGAGACAGGAUCCUACAAAAGAAGCUUUCACGAUCCCAACGGAGUGACGGUAGCUUACGUCAGCGAGGCACAUGAGCACGAUGGAUACCUUUACCUGGGCUCCUUCCGGUCUCCGUUUAUCUGCAGACUUAAUCUUCAGCAUGUUUAACUGUCCAUCCAUGAUAAAGUGCCACUGUCCUAUAGCGCUCCAGAGGUACGAAGGAAGUGUGUGCUUGGGGUGGCGUGUGACCAAGGACAGAAAGUCUGUUAACGUACAGUAGCGCUGUGCUAUUGCCAUAGGAAACUGCACAGCUUGCUGUUCCUGUCCUUUUCCUUGGUUUGAUUGCUCUUGCUUUGGAGUUGGCAUGCAUGCUCAUUAAUAUCUGAGGAGU